AUGCCUCUUCGUACAAGCGCAUAUGACUUCCCUGAAGCUACGUCCGUCAAAAAGCCGCGUCCUCCUCGCAAAUCUACAGGUCGCAGGAACGUUUUCGAGCGCCUAACUGACACUGCAUACUACACGGGUUCACAUCGGGAAAGGUUCGACGAGUUCGGGAACGGGAGAGGAAUCGCUGGUCGAGAGUAUAUAUAUGCCUUCGACGGCCUGACCGAAUCUCCGAGCAGAUCCCAUGAAGUAUAUUCAUCCGUCAUAAAACGAUCGCGGAAGCCAGUUGUCACUCCCGGAACACUAGGAGUUCAGAGGUUUGGAGUUCAGAUACCAGCUCCUCGGAUGAUGUGGCUGUACCGGAACGGCGACAAGCACGAUGACGGUACCCCUUUUUUCGUCCGCCCGUACAUCAAAACCAUGGAGGCACUCUACCAACAGAUAACAAAGGAAAUCACCCCGAUUGCGGGACCAGUCAGAAGACUGUUCGAUCAGAACUUUCGGGUCGUUACUGACCUUGAGGACAUCGUCGACGGUGCCAAAUACUUAUGCACCUCUGGCGAACCUCCUGCCCCGUAUGACCGGCUGGAGAAGUUCUUGAGCGAAUGGGUUGUCCAGAAAUCGCAAACGAAGGUGCCAAGUCAGUUUUUUGUGGUAUAG